AUUGAACACAGUCGUGUGUGCGUGGUGACGUGAAUCGUGGCGGUGCGGGUCCCGAUUGCUGCAGCCGCUUGUCAGUGUGACGAAGAUUGGCACCCAGAAAAUUUGAACUAAGAUAUAAUGAUUUGACUUAUGAGAGCCCUUGGUAACCAUGAUGGCAACACAGACAUUAAGUAUAGACAACUAUCAAGAUGGACAACAGCAGAUGCAAGCAGUAACUGAGUUAAAAACUGAGCAAGAUCCAAACUGCUUGGAACCAGAUACGGGGGGAUUGAGUCCUUCUCCAAUAGAGUCCCAGACACCGAUGGAUGCGGACAAACAGGCCAUUUACAGGCACCCACUCUUUCCUUUAUUAGCACUGUUAUUUGAAAAAUGUGAGCAAUCUACACAGGGAUCGGAAGGUACAACCUCUGCCAGUUUUGAUGUAGAUAUUGAAAACUUCGUCAGGAAGCAGGAGAAGGAAGGAAAACCCUUUUUUUGUGAAGAUCCAGAAACAGAUAAUUUAAUGGUAAAGGCAAUUCAGGUUCUUCGAAUUCAUCUGCUUGAGCUAGAAAAGGUUAACGAGCUCUGUAAGGAUUUCUGUAGUCGCUACAUUGCCUGUUUGAAAACUAAAAUGAACAGUGAGACUCUUCUAAGUGGAGAAUCUGGGAGCCCUUAUUCACCUGUACAACCUCAGUCCAGCAACUUUAAACAUGAUAAAGAUAGCUUGGAUUUGCUGGAGCAGCUGUCUUCAUGGAAAGAGUCACCAGAAAAUCCAAUUCAAAGUGCCAUCACAGGUACACUCAGUCCCCAAGGAAUUAUGGUGCCUGCAUCAGCAUUGCAGCAGGGAAAUGUAACUAUGGCAACUGUUGCAGGUGGUACAGUGUAUCAGCCUGUGACUGUGGUCACACCUCAAGGUCAAGUAGUGACGCAAGCCUUGUCACCUGGAACAAUCAGGAUCCAGAAUUCACAGCUCCAAUUACAGUUAAAUCAAGAUUUAAGCAUCUUGCAUCAAGAUGAUGGGUCAUCAAAGAAUAAAAGAGGGGUUCUUCCAAAGCAUGCUACGAAUGUGAUGAGGUCGUGGCUUUUUCAGCACAUAGGGCAUCCAUAUCCAACAGAAGAUGAGAAAAAGCAGAUAGCAGCACAAACAAAUCUGACAUUACUCCAAGUUAACAACUGGUUUAUCAAUGCCAGAAGACGAAUUCUCCAGCCAAUGUUGGAUUCCAGUUGUUCUGAAACUCCAAAAACAAAGAAGAAAACAGCUCAAAACCGACCAGUUCAAAGGUUCUGGCCAGACUCCAUUGCAUCAGGAGUAGCUCAGCAUCAAUCAAAUGAGCUUACAAUGUCAGAUGGAGCCGUUGUUACAAUUACAGCUCCAGUCAACAUGAAUGUAGACAGUCUCCAGUCUCUUUCAUCGGAUGGUACUACUUUGGCUGUUCAGCAAGUCAUGAUGGCAGGGCAGAGCGAGGACGAAUCUGUGGACAGCACUGAAGACGAUGGUGCAGACCUCUCAGCCACAAACAUCAGUGGUCUUGUCUUGGAUAACAGUGAUUCUCUGCAGUAGGAAGCAAGAAAAGCUGGCUUAAAUGUUUAGGAAAAACAAUGGACUCACUGACUUUUUAUAGUUUGCACAGCAAACAUUUUACACAAGUUUUAUUUCUAAUAUGUUUUAUAUGUAGAUAUAGAAGAGUGCACUUUUUUGUAUUUCAUAGUAAGCUUAAAGAGUGUCUUUGCAGGUGCAGCAACUUCUUUCAAAUGUGUUGUUCUUUUGGUUUUAAUUUUGAAAAUGUAAAUUUAGUAAUUUAAAAAAAACCAGACCACAAUAUCACCCCAUUCUUUUCUUAGGGUAACUUUCUCAGUCACAAAAUUGAUCCCAGAUCAACUUGACUGAGGGGGGUGCAGCAGGCGUAGGGCAAGGUGAUGAUUGCUUUGAUGGCUGAGUUGAUUUUUUUUUAAAUCAGCAUGAACUUGAAAACCAGCCGCACAGUUGCCAUCUGACCCAAGGUCUGUUGUUGUCUGACAUCUUGAAGUCUGCUGCAAUUUUGUGACAUAUGAAAUUGCCUUCAUAGGAGAAAUGAAAGUACUUCCAAUCUCCUGCAUUAAUUAUGCAGUUUCAGUUAGUGCUGUCAUUCAAAGACAACUUUUGGUGGUUUAACAAUGUAAAUGUAAAGCAUGUCAAACUAGUGUAUGGGCUUUGUUUAUGGAGUUAGUCAUGUAGAUUUGAAAGAUGCUUCUGCACCUUAAAAACAAACAAAACAAAACUGCCAGUUGGAAAUGGGCAAUCAAACAUGCAAAAGGAAGUGGAGAAGUGUGAUUCCAGUAAUGAACAUAUGGCAUUUAAAAUAAAUGUAAGUUCUCUCAUAGAGUUCUUAGGUGGAAGCCUCAAGUUGCUGGAUGAGGCAGGCACAACUUCUUCCACAUGUUUUCUACCUCUAGUCCUUUUGCCUCCCCCCACCCCCAUCUUGGCCUGUGGCAUGCCUGCAGCCCUGCUAGCUGCACUUGUGGGGAGAGGGAUCAGACCAAAGGACUGAGGUAAAGCAGGACAAGAUGCACUGCUGCUGCUGUCUCAUCCCAGCUGGUGGCAAAUUUAAGGUUACAGGGAGAAUCUCUAGGUUGUAACCUGAUAGCCCUACUCAUAGCCAGUGGCUCUGCCCAUCAUUUGCUAUAAAACACUUAUUUUUACCUUAUCAGGAUUAUUGGAUUAAAAAUAUUUUUAUAAAUUCUCUUAAGAAUUGGGAUGAUGACUGUAUUGAGCAUGGAAAAAAUUGUUUACUACUCCCAUUUGGAAGGUUAUGAAAACUGUCCAGAUUGAAUAAACAUGCCUGUGCUAUAUCCUAUGGAUCUCUGCUAUCCCAUAGUAAUACAGUCUAUUUGAUAGUGGCCUAAGGGCCUGCUCCUUUGUAAGCCAAUUUUAGUCUAAUUUGGAACUUGUAUCCAGAGAUUUGAAGAACAGACACUCUGACGAGGCAACACCCGUAAUCUUCACUGCAAUCAAAAGAAAAUUCUCAGCAGUACACACUUCUUGCCCAUCAGCCAUAUGGACAUACUAGUUUCUUAGUUUCUCAUGCUAAUGAUAAUGCCUUCUCAAACACAUUUUAAUAUCUGUAUUAGGAAAUAAUUUAUAGGAUGAUAUAAAAACAGAUUUCUCGGACAAAAGAGUACUCAGAUCAUCCUCAAGUCGGCUUGCUCAAAAAUAGUGAUGAUAUGGCUGCAGGCAUGGCUGCAGUUGCCUUUCACUGGUCUCUUUACCUCUUGAGUUUGCUGAAAGUGUUUUGUGGGUAGUGAUGCUGACUCUACUGAAAGCUGGUAUUUCCCCAAAAAGUAAAAUAGCUUGGAGGCCUAUCAGAACUAGCUGUUGGAGGAAAGCUAGGAAUACAUCUUUGUUUAGUCAAAAGAGCUGUCUCCAGUGGCUUUGACGUAGGUCUUGAUUCCACAAAGCAUUCAAGGAUCUCUUUUGUUCACCCUGUUCUUUUCAGAGGGAUUCGGUGAAAGGUGCUGCCCCUAAAGUCUGCCUCAUCAUCCUGUAGCGAUUGGAAGGAGCCAAUCAGAUUGUUCUUCUUGCCAAUGUUAUACUGAAACCAAACAUUACUGUGAGAGCGUAGUUUUUGCCAAAACCCACUUGCUUAGGGACUCCCUAUAGCUCCCAUGAUGACAUAAUCACCUUACUAUCUGGAUUGGCUGGAGGAACACAAACUCUUCACACUAGCACUAAUGUCCCCUAUGGCAUUGCAGGAUAUGGCCAUCAAAAGGGGUAAAAAUGCUUUG